AUGUUCGACGGCAGCUUCAAAGCUCCGCGUCAAGUGAAUCUCAGUGGUCGUAAGAAGCCUCUGACGACGUCGAUAUCAAGUUUUAAAGGUCGAAAUGACGGGUCAAAGGACGAACUCCUGCGCACGAAUCGAUUGGCGAGGGAAGAACGACAGGCAAUAAAGAUACGCACAGCUGCGAUUACCAAGAUCCAGGCCCAAUUCCGUCGUGUCCGGGCUUCCCAAAUCGCUCGAGCUGCUGUAUUGCACGAUCUAGAGUAUCAACUUCAACAGGUAAUGCUGACAACUGAUAUUCAGCAUCAAGCGCUGUCUAUCCAACAGCUCCAGCUGAUUCUGAGACGGUUUUUGUUUGCGCGCUCAAGUAAAAAAAGGAUGACUAUGGCUACGGAACCAAAAUUAACACAGCCUUGGCAAUUAGAAACGGACCAAACGGGACGGAAACUCCAGGAUUACGUGGUGUUUCUAUUGCUUGUCAGCUGUCUCAAGGGAUCGUCCGACAUGGCUACAAAUUGGUUGACGGCAAAAAAAGAUACUACAUGGGUCUACCAAGUGUCGCAAAUGAGCGAAAUCGCUUUGUAUACACUCGUGCACGACGAAGUCGAGACGCCAAAUACAAUUGCUCAUGUGGCAGUGAACCCCUAUCUGAUGCUGCUAGACACGCUGACGAAUGCGUCAACGUACAAGACACUUGAAGAUCAAAAAGUUCUGUCAGACGUGUGCUAUCACCUUGGAAUCUCAAGGCAGUACAGUGUUUUCGAUGCAGUGACUGCGUGUAUCACGGUCCAGGCAAAAGAAAAACAAUCACGUGUGGAGGUCGACAAGUUGGUGCAAGUCAUUGCACGUAUUGCUGCCCGAACGCUGCAAGUGGCGGCCCGAGAAGAGGAAGCACAAGGACGAGAUGCUGGUCUGCUGUCGCAAUUUGCAAAGAAGUUGUUAUUGACACCGUCAGCAGUGACGUGUCCACUUACGAGUUACAUUACAAAGACAGCAUUGUCAAUCGAGAGCCAUUCUCGUGAUGCAACGGUUCGAAUGGUGGGACAUUUUUGGGCACGUGUAGUACGUCAUUUUUGCAUUGCCUCGACGGUGGCAGCACUUUCGUGGUCAGAGCGAGCCAUUUGUGUUGGAAACGUGUUAGAACUCGCGUUUCAUUGCUCGUUUGAUGGUGCUAUUGUGGAAGUUAUUCCGCUCGUUCUGUCUGAGUUGAUGACUUUAUCACUCGUGCAAUGGGCGUUUGACGUAAAGCAUUCCGAGCAAGAUUCGGUUAUAAACAACGAAGAUUAUGACAUGGAUGAUGAUGGAAACGUGCCAAGUGUUUUAUUGUCCGUUCAAGACUUUGCAUUGGAAGAAGAAGUGCAGCGCGGCGUGGAAGGACUCGGCGUCGCUGAGUCUAGUGUCCGUGCGCAGUGGCAAAAGCUUUGCCAUUCAAAUUUUGCUCCGCUAUGUAUCGAUGUGCUGCUGCGUGUGAACAACGGGACACCGGAGCUUGUGUUGUCCGGCAAGAGACCUGUUUACCGGCUUUGCGACGUUCUUGCUACUUUGAUUUUGUCAACAGGGCGGUCUCACGUCCUUACUGUAGCGGCUAACUUUACGAAUCCUCCUCCGGCUUUGCUUGCGUUGCUGAGUGCGAUGACGGUCGAGCAGAGUCCGUGGAGGUCCACCGUUCUCUCAAGCAAUACAAAUCUAGUCGAUAGCAUGUGGCAGAGGAUAAGGUCAGCGAUCAAGAGCAGCACUUCCCAGCACCCGACGCCGCAUUUCGGAGAAUGCUCACUUGAUACAACGACGGUGCCAUUGCAGGUGCUCCUUAUUUUCAACGUCGUCUAUUCUCACAUGCUUUUGGGACUUGACGAUGAAGCAUUUUACGAUGGGCAAUGGCCACUUCGUUUGUGUGAAGUCAAAGCCUUGGUGACAUUUUUGAAACAAUUUGUUUACGAUGCGUGUUGGAUAGUUGAUGGCAACACUGCACUACCGACUGGCACCAUGGGCGAAAGAGACCUCGUGAGAUUCGCUGUGGUUGUAACAUCCAUUAAGCUGUUCAACCAGCUCUAUGAUCGGGAUUGUCGGCGUCGUUUCAUGCCUGAUGGCGCUUGGUUGUGGCCUUUAAUGCCUACGAUCAGGGAAAUUGUGGACCUUGAACUGAUGAAUGAGGACGGUCCUCACGGUGCGGACGCGAUCUACAUGCUGAUGAAUGGGAAAGCGUCUUCUCCGUACGCGCGUGCAGCGCUGAUCCUUGUCACGAUUCCGCAAGUUUUGUCGUUCAAUGAACGUGUCCAGCUUUUUCAAAAGCUGCUGGACGAUGCGAAGGCGCAAGCAGGCAACACGCGCGACGAAUUUUCACGGGCUUUGCAGGUUCGGAUUCAACGCCACGAGAUUUUGCGCGACGGUUACGAUUUCUUUCGAAAAGUGUGCGACGUCAUGUCUCCUGCAGCCCUCAAGUCGCGCAUCAAGGUCACAUUUAUCAACGAGCAAGGGCUCGAGGAGGCAGGUAUUGAUGGUGGUGGUGUGUUCAAGGAAUUCAUGGACAAUUUGACGAAGAAUGCUUUCUCACCAGAGUUCGGCUUUUUUCUAGAAACGGAUGAUCAUCUCCUUUAUCCUAACUCAAGUGCGAAGUUCAUUGUGGACACGCACAAAGAAGCGUUAGAACGCUACCGAUUCCUGGGGCGACUCUUGGCGAAAGCUGUAUUUGAAAACAUUCUCGUAGAGCCACAGUUUGCUGCAUUUUUUAUCAACAAACUUUUGGGCAAGUUCAACUACAUUGACGACUUGCAUUCAUUGGACUCCGAGCUAUACACAUCACUUAUGCGCCUGAAGCACUACGACGGCAAUGUGGAGGAUCUAGCGCUGACAUUCAGCGUGAGCGAGGUGCAGUUGGAUAAAGUAGUGACACGAAAUCUCUUGCCGGACGGCUUGAACGUCCCUGUUACGAACGAGAAUCGGAUUCGAUACAUCCACUUGAUGGCGAACUACAAGCUGAAUGUGUUGACAUCCAUUGAAUGUGCUGCGUUCCUAAUGGGUUUUCGUGACCUGAUUCCGGAGUCAUGGAUUCAAAUGUUUGCUCCAGCCGAGGUGCAGAUGCUCAUUGGCGGCACUGCCACGAACAUCGACGUUGAUGACUGGGAGCGGCAUACUCAAUACGGAGGUGGCUAUCACCCGUCCCAAAAAGUUAUCCAAUGGUUUUGGGAAAUCGUGAAGGAGGAUUUCGCGCAUGAAGACCGUGCAGCGCUACUCAAGUUUAUCACGAGUUGUUCCCGUCAACCUCUGCUUGGCUUUUCAAAAUUGGUGCCUCAGAUCGGUAUCCACCAAGUGCGCGUAGAAGACGACGAGCGACUGCCAUCGAGUGCAACGUGCAUGAAUCUACUCAAGCUACCAGCUUACUCCAACAAGAAGUCGAUGCGCAAGAAGCUGGUGUAUGCUAUUCGGUCAAAUGCAGGCUUCGACCUCUCUUAA